CACCGGAAACAAAAAAAAAAUAAAAAAAAAUUCCCAAACCCUAAGCCCUGCGUCCACAGUCCGCCCCCAACUCUAGGGUUUAGUGACGACCGCCUUGCCUCGCGCGAUCCUCCUGCGCGCCGAUCCGGUCACUCGCGCUAGUGCCCACGCCCCAGAGGCGGCGGUGGACUGGCGACGAGGGAGGGGGCGGAUGCAGACGGAGGCGAGCGUGGGGAUGGCCGCCGCGACCGUGGACGGCGCCGCCGCCGUCGCCGCGCGGAGGUACUCGACGCAGCAGCAGCAGCAGCCGCAGCCGCAGCAGCACCACAACCAGCCCAAGCUUGGGACGACGCUCCACCUCCUCGCCGGCGGCGUCGCCGGCGCCGUCAGCAAGACCUGCACCGCGCCGCUCGCCCGCCUCACCAUCCUGUUUCAGGUGCAAGGAAUGCACUCAGAUGUGGCUACGAUGCGCAACACUAGUAUAUGGCGUGAAGCGUCCCGCAUUGUCUAUGAAGAAGGGCUACGAGCUUUCUGGAAAGGAAAUCUUGUAACUAUUGCACAUCGGUUACCUUACUCCUCGAUUAGUUUCUAUACAUACGAGAAAUAUAAGAAUUGGCUUCAGAUGAUACCUGGUCUCGACAGCAAUGGUGGAUUGGGUGCCGAUGUUGGUGUCAGAAUGGUAGGCGGUGGCUUGUCUGGGAUAACUGCAGCUUCUUUGACAUAUCCACUGGACUUGGUACGGACACGUCUGGCUGCUCAGACGAACACAGCCUACUACAGGGGCAUAUCCCAUGCUCUUUUUGCGAUCUGCAGAGAUGAGGGUCCCAGGGGGUUGUACAAGGGUCUUGGUCCCACUUUACUGGGAGUAGGCCCCAGUAUAGCAAUAAGCUUCUCAGUUUAUGAAACUCUGCGUUCACAUUGGCUACUAGAGCGGCCAUGUGAUUCCCCUAUCUUUAUCAGUUUGGCUUGUGGAAGUCUUUCAGGAGUUGCAUCAUCAACUUUUACAUUUCCAUUGGAUCUUGUAAGACGCCGCAAGCAGUUGGAAGGUGCAGCUGGGAGGGCCAAUGUCUACAAGACAGGACUUGUUGGAACGUUUGGGCAUAUUAUUCAGACAGAAGGUUAUAGAGGAUUGUAUAGAGGGAUCUUGCCUGAGUACUGCAAAGUGGUUCCCAGCGUCGGCCUCAUUUUUAUGACGUACGAGACACUGAAGUCCAUGUUCACAGGAGGGGCAUCAGAUGAAUAGAUCUCCAAUGUCUGAUCAUGCUCGACAGUUUUGACACCUGGGCCAGAGUAGCAUUGGAAGUGAUUAGGGAGGGAGGGGGAGGAAGAGAUGUGUUUGUAGCAUAUGGUAGGAUUUAGGUGGUGCUAAAUUUUGGAGUUCAUAACGUAGCAGUAUCAUCAAACAGUAUUUAUAUGGCUAUAGGUUUUCUUGUAGUGCACCCAAGAAGAUCAGUAAGUGCCAUAGGUCUUCCAAAAUUUUGCUGUCCACCCUUGUUUUGUGUAUGUUCACAUUUUCAGUUGGUAAUGUACUGGCUAUCAUCUUCAGCCUGGCGAUUUCAUACCUCUGGAAUACGGCCUCUGAUAUAAUUUAUGUUGUUACAGUGA